GGCACUGAGGACCAUGGCACGUCCGAGCCUCGCACUGGCGAAGGGCCUGGCCCUGCUCGCGCUCUGCCUGCUGGCGCUGGCCCGCGACGCCCGCGCCCGGCCCCCGGAGCAUCUGGUCGGAGGCCUCCAGGAUCUGUCGCCCAGCGACCCGCAGGUGCAGAAGGCGGCGCAGGCGGCUGUGGCCAGCUACAACAUGGGCAGCAACAGCCUCUACUACUUCCGAGACACCAACAUCAUCAAGGCACAGAGCCAGCUGGUGGCCGGGAUCAAGUACUACCUGACCCUGGAGAUGGGGAGCACAGACUGCCGGAAGACUGGCACGUUUGGAGACCACAUCGACCUCACCACCUGCCCUCUGGCUGCAGAUGGGGAGCAGGAGAAGCUGCGCUGUGACUUCGAGAUCCUUGUCGUGCCCUGGGAGAACUCCUCCCGCCUGCUGAAGCACAACUGUGUGCCCAUGUAGACUCUUCAGGAGCUGCUGCGGGAAGGGUGGGGGCAUGGAGGCUGGGGGGCACCGGUGGCCCAGGGCCAAGUCUCGCAAUAAAUCGCUAGCUGCACAGCA